AUGAAAAGAGCCAUCGGCAGAAAGUUAUUAUGGGAACGGGAAUUGAUUACGCUAGUAGCGGAAGUGGAAAGUAUUUUGAAUACUCGACCACUAACUUACGUAAAUUUUGAUGAUUGUAUCAUAUUGCGUCCAAUUGACUUUAUACUACCGAAUGCGCAUCUAAUCAUGCCUGCUAAAAACAAGAAUGAAAUGGAUGAUUUUAUCCCUCAUAAUUGGAUUCGAGAGAAAAACUCAUUCAAUACUGGUCAAAUACACUAA